AUGUUUCAAGAUUAUUGCAUGGCACAUGGAAAUCCAGUCAUAGCAGGAUCACUUUACUGUUGUGAUGAAUGUCGUGAUCAGGAUAUAGAUAACAGUAUCUACUUCGAGAGUCCAGUGGGAUCUCCAUUAAGCGUGGCUUCCGAGAUGGAAGAUCACUUAUUGUACGAGUGCUGGUUUUGCCAGACUCACCACGAACCCAAUGAGGCCUGCACCGGACAUAAUUAUGCGAUAGGCAACAAUAGCGGUAACUACGACUUAAUAAAUGAAAGCCAACCUAGAAACACCAUAUUACCCAAUUAUGCAUUGGAAAUGCUUGGAAAAGGUGAGUCAGAAGAAAAUACCGAUAAUUCUAUCAUAAAUAGUAAUGAAUUGAUACAAUCGAACUAUCGGAAAUGGUUGGUCAAUAUGACUCCGAGAUAG